AUGUCACACUGACAGGAACUCAAUUCGUUGAACGGGGUGGCAUGAUCCAGCUGCAGUGCAAUGCCACCGGCGGACUGCAGAUAGCAGAGGAAAUAGACUGGUUCAAGGAUGGCAACAUUAUAUCAGGUCCUAGGUACAAAGACUAUGUGAUAUUUACUUACCGCUCCUACGAGCAGGGAGCCUUGGUUAGCACGCUCCAAGUGGACCGAGCCAACGCCAGCCAUGCAGGGACCUAUGUCUGCCGGUCCUCCUACAAUAAACUGAAGGAUAUUGCUGUGCAAGUGCUGGUUGCCGACUCCAGCAAUGUCAAAAGAG